GUGAAACAAUAGCAGGCUUUCCAACUCAGUAUUGACAAUUCCACCUGCUUAAUGCAAUGAGGAAGUAUCGUGACGACACCUGCGCGCAUACGUCAGAGAGGCGCCGAUGAUUUGGGAUGUGAGCUCCUGUUGUUGAUGAGGUGAAGACAGCUGGAAGUACACACCUGUGGAGGCCUGUCAGAAUGUUCACUGACCUGGACUAUGAUUUGGAAGAGGACAAACUUGGCAUUCCUACUGUCCCUGGAACUGUGACAUUGAAGAAAGACUCCCAGAACUUAAUUGGCAUCAGUAUUGGUGGUGGGGCUCAGUAUUGUCCAUGUCUCUAUAUAGUCCAGGUGUUUGAUAAUACUCCUGCAUCAGCUGAUGGAACACUAGCUGCAGGUGAUGAAAUAACAGGUGUAAAUGGAAAGUCUGUGAAAGGGAAAACCAAAGUGGAGGUGGCUAGGAUGAUCCAAGCAGUGAAGGGUGAAGUUACAAUUCACUACAACAAACUACAAGCUGAUCCCAAACAAGGAAAAUCGUUGGAUAUAGUUCUAAAAAAGGUGAAACACAGGCUGGUGGAGAACAUGAGCUCAGGAACUGCAGAUGCACUUGGUCUGAGUCGAGCUAUCCUCUGUAAUGAUGGAUUAGUGAAGAGGCUGGAAGAGCUAGAGCGGACAGCAGAACUGUAUAAAGGAAUGAUGGAACACACAAAAAGGCUGUUGCGCUCCUUCUUUGAACUUUCUCAAACCCAUAGAGAUGCUGCAUGAUCUGAAUACAUACUUAAACAAAGCCAUUCCUGACACUAAACUCACAAUCAGAAAGUACCUGGAUGUUAAGUUCGAGUACCUGUCCUAUUGUCUGAAGGUGAAGGAAAUGGAUGAUGAAGAAUAUAGCUGCAUAGCUCUUGGUGAGCCCUUGUACCGGGUCAGUACAGGAAACUAUGAAUAUAGACUUAUUCUCCGUUGUCGGCAAGAGGCCCGUGUCCGUUUUGCUAACAUGCGGAAAGAUGUAUUAGAAAAAAUUGAGCUUUUGGACCAGAAACAUGUGCAAGAUAUUGUGUUUCAGCUGCAACGCUUUGUCUCUGCCAUGUCAAAGUAUUAUGAUGAAUGUUAUGGUGUCUUGAAAGAAGCUGAUGUAUUCCCAAUUGAGGUGGACCUUACACGCACUACACUGAAUUACAGCCAGAAAGAUGUUUUCACAGAUGAAGCAGAGGAAGAGGAAGAAGAGGGGGAAAAGAAGCAGGAAGAAAAUGGAGAGAAGCUUAUCGAUAAUGACUGAGGACUCAAUCUUGGUUCUAAAGAGCUAUUUUUUUAACACUCAAGGGGUGAUAUAAUGAAACACAAUUCAAAAUAAUUUAAUGUUUUAAUAUGGUGGGGAAAAUCAGGCAGCCAGCAGAGAUUCUAAGCAGGACAGUCACUGAUCUCUAACUGGUUGUAACAAAUCUAUGGAAAUUUGUCUGGUAUUGAAAAGCAACGAUGGGCACAAUAAUGUGAUAAAUAAUCUGUUAUCCUAGUGUAUGUAUAUUUUACACUUGGCAUGAAUGUGAUAACCACUAUAUCCUCAGGUUGCAGCUGUCCAUGCGCUUGCAGCUCAGGCUGUAACACCUGCAUUUUUGUUAUUGUUGUUACGUUACCUCACUGUGACAUAACACUUAGUUCAUUGUACCCUUCAUUUCAGAAUAUCAGAAAUGUAACUGGGGUGGGGCAAAGGGGGCAGCUACCCUGGGUGCAAGUUGUUAGACUGUCUGGUGGCAUAUCAGUGCAGUAUCACCAUUCACAUAAAAAGCUGUGGGUGAUUUCUUGGCUUUUUUAAUGAAAGCCAACACUGCGUUCAUAAAGUCAGUGUGUUAGUAACUGUAGCAAAAAACUUUUUUUUUAUCCUCAAUUUUGGAUUGUGUGAGGCACCAGAUGACCUUGCUAUAUGAAUAUAUAAAUUUGUAUUUCUUAAUUGCACACAAAUUUCCUUUGCUUUUCAAUGUUCAUAGUGUACUGGUAACAUGACUGCAGCCUAGUCCUUGGUACCUGCCCAACAGUCAACACUAAUUAGUAGAGCUUUUUCAGCAAAUUGUCAGUGCAGUUAUUAGCCUGUGUGUCUUAUCCUGUCCACCCUUCUGUUCAGCGGAUGCUUACUGUGUUUCAUCACCAACUCUGCAACUUGAUG